CGCCUUUUUUGCCAAAUUUGUCCGCGUGUCCCGAAGGAGAAGUCAAACUGAUGGGAUGUGCUAUGGGAACUGAGUAACAGCUGUUUGGAUAGACGAGCUCUGCAGCUGAGAGAAGGAGAAAAACAAAGUUCUUUAAACGUUUCCCCUUUAAAAAAAAAAAGGAAGAAUUGAAGGAUUGAACCCCAGCAGAGUUGGAUAUGGAUGGUGUUGCUUCUGGAGUCCGCGUGUCGGAGCCUGCAGCUGGGAUGCACUGCGCAUCUGAGCCGCGACGUUUCACUCCAUGAUGCGGGACCAAAGCUGCACCUGACAACGAGAAACCUGAACCCAAUCCACAAGGAUCUACCAUGUCCUCACUGCUGACGAGGAAGCUGGCUCUGUGCCAGGCCCUGACCUUGGUCCUGCUGCUGGUCGCUCCCGUCUGCCCCUCGUCCCCGGAGAGUUCCUGGGUUUCUGCGUGGCAUCCCUCCGGCGAGGCGGCGUCAGGGCGGCCGGCGCGCGCCCGGCGCCAGCUGCCCUUCAGGAACGAGUGGGCGACGUGGAGCGGCUGGUCUGUCUGCUCUCGCAGCUGUGGGAGCGGAGCCUCGGUGAGGACACGCACCUGCAUCACCAGGAACCCAGUGGGCGGGCCGUGUACAGGAGAUCCCCGACAAUACAGGAUCUGCAACACCAAGGAGUGUCCCCCCAGCUCGGAGGAUUUCAGAGAGAUGCAGUGUGCUGCCUUCAAUGACAGACCGUUAGUGGCUGGAAACACCUUCAGAUGGACCACCUUUAAUGGAGGCUCUAACCCCUGUGAACUGAGCUGCCUGGCCCUGGGUCACAACUUCUACUACAACUUUGGCCGUGUGCUGGAUGGCACAGCUUGCGACAAGGAGGGUGGAGCGGUGUGUGUCAACGGACAGUGCCUGAAGCCCGGCUGUGACUCCAUCUUUGGAUCAAAGCAGCAGGAGGAUGCCUGCAUGGUGUGUGGAGGGCAAAACACCACCUGCCUUCACCACAAGAGUGUGUACCAAAGCAACGGUCUGGAGGCAGGCGGGCCUUUUGGAUACAACGAAGUGGCCAUGAUUCCAGCUGGAGCCACUCACAUCCGAGUCACUGAUAACAGCAGGAAUUAUCUAGCCCUCCAGAACGGUCGCUCCCAGUUUGUGAUCAACGGUAACUGGAAGAUCAGCAUUCCAGGCGAGUACAAUGUAGCCGGGACGAAGCUGCUGUACCGGCGCUCGGCAGACACCUGGGAGAGCUUCGAGGUACCAGGACCCACCCAGGAAGACCUCCAUCUAAUGGUGCUGGCGACCGGCAAAAAUCCAGGCAUCGAGUACGAGUACUGGCUGCCACCAGGCCAGUACGCCCUCCACCAUGGGGGGAGGAGUCCAUUGCGUCAAGCUUACCACACUGCCAACUACCUCCCCUGGGAUCAACCCCCCACCACAACCACAACCCCCACCACCACCACCCGGCCUCCUCCUGUCACACCCCGACCCCACUGGUUUUUAAGGCCCGUGAACCCGCCCCGUCGAUCUCCCCAGAACAACCGCCGGCAGCCCCCCCCGCCCCGCCUGGAGCGGCGGGAGGAGAACCACAGAAACCUGCUGCCUCCACCUUCACUUGGAAGGCAUUGUGGGAAAUGUCGGCGAGUUAAAGGACGACGGGAACGCCACAGACAGUAUUGCCAGAAGGACUUUGUUUUCCGGGCCCGAGUCCUCGGGAAGCUGUACAGAGGCGAGGAGACGCGUUACGACGUCCAGAUCAUCCACACAUACCGGAACGGCUUCCGCCUGGAGCACCGCGAGUUCUUGUGGGUCCCUAAUGUGUGUGACUGCCCCCACCUGGAGGAGGGAAAACAGUAUAUACUGAUGGUGCGUCGCCACAUUAACUACGAGCACACGCUGAACCGCAUCCUGCUAGAGGAGGAGAGCUACGUGGUGCCGUACAGACCCAGAGAGGACGAGCUGCUGCGACCGCUCGAAAGACUCUGCAGCAACAGAGGACCCAGACAGCCGGCAGGGCGGACGGGAUGAGCGUAGAGGCCAACACUGGCUCAGUUUCACUUCCCUUAAACUGCAUUCCCUGCUCCUUGCCUUGCUUCCCUUCCUCGCGUCUUAGUCCGUCCCACUGAGGAAGCAUGGGACAGAUGCGAGGAAAUUGUGCAAGGAGAAAGGAAACAAGGAUUGACACGUCCCUUCCUCUGAAGUAGGGCUGCACGAUAUGAUGAAAAAAUGCGAUAUUGUUGUUGAAUAUCGCGAUAACAAUAUUACUUGCAAGAAAUAAACUAUAUUAAAAUGUACUUAGUUCUGCAUUUCUGCUGCUUUCAGUAUUCUUCUAAAAUGCAACAAAUGGCUUGUUGGAUUUAAAACAAACAAAAGGAAAUCAUUUCUAACAUUCCUUUAUUGAACAAAUUAAACAUUGAAUUGAAUUUAAAAGGCACCACUAAAAAAAAGGUUUUCAAGUGCAGUUUUCUGCUGAUAUUUUCUUUCAACCAACACAAAAGAAAUCUCUGCGUGUCCUGCCUUCUAGUACGCUUUCGCAAUAUGUGUAUUGUGCCAUCUGAUAUCGCAAUGACAAUGAUGAAAAAAAAACAACAUAUUGUGCAGCCCUAGUCUGAAGCAUCACAUGAAUUUGUCAGCUCUAUGUGCGGAGUUAGCAACGGCUUUCAGCUGCACGGCUUCCGGGAAGGCUGCUCUCUGCAUCCUCGUUCACUUCCUCAGACAUCCUUCUUCUAGCGUCCAUCCUCGGGGCAGGAGUAAGAGCUUUGAGACAAAGAAGGGCCAGACCGACUUUGGGUUCAACAGAGGAGCAAGUGUGUGUGUGUGUGUGUGUGUGUGUGUGUGUGUGUGUGUGUGUGUGUGUGGUUGUGUGUGUGUGUGUGUGUUGUGUGUGUGUGUGUGUGUGUGUGUUGUGUGUGUUUGUGUGGUGUGUGUGUGUGGUGUGUGCGUGCGCUUGUCUUCAGAGCACGAAGGCGCAUAUCAGCUUUUUUUUUUUUACCUUAAAAACAUCAUCAGACUCCUGUGAUCCAUAUGAUAGGCUGAUGAAUUCCAGAGUGAGGUCACUGGAUCAUGGACCGUCGACACACAGUUUCAGCCUCGUUUCAAACCCGCCCCGUUAAGAAGUCAAAACGACUCCACCUUUAUUUAAAAUCCUGACCAGCUUACUGUAACAUGUAGAGCACUUUAGGUGGAUGCCUGUGCCCACCUUUAAACACAUACCAAAGAGAAGAACAUUGACUGAAAUGGCCUUUUUGUUAUUGCUGUUUUUUUCCACAGCUAGCAUUAAAUUUUUUUAUAUUAUUGUAUUUCUGUGUGUGUGUGUAUGUGUGUGUGUGUGUGUGUGUGUGUGUGUGUGCGUGCGUGCGUAAACCUAAAAGGAAAAUCCACCUCAAAACAUGACGACAAAGAACAACUUAAAUUCUAUUACACUCCUUUUGAUUCAUCCCCAUGUUUCCAGCAGCUUAGUAGACGCCCAAGACGAUUGUGAUUGAUUUAAAGAAAUGUCAAUAAACCAGAGCACAUUUUUCCUCCCAUCCACUAAUGCAGUGUGGACUAGCCAGACCCUCCUCCACAGUGCUAUGGAGGAAGGUCUGGCAAUGCGAGACUGGGAUAACAGCAAAUGUUUCAGUGUUGGGUGUCAGUCCCUUAAUUAGUUAAAGAUCCGAGCCGUCUUUGUAGACCUACCGUAAUAUUAGUCUUGCACAGCCAGACCACCGGCGCUGGAGUAUGGUCGGGCUUAUCGUUCUGGUAUUGGAGGGGGAAAAACACUUUAAACCAAUCGCAAUCCUCUUGGGCGGCGCUAAGGCCCUGGCGCAACGGCGCCUUUGCAAAAUCCCAGCAGAGAUAGCAGAAGGGGCCCGACAUCUGUUGUGUGAGAGACGCGCCAGAUUUCAGGCUUCAUCCCAGCACUGUACAUCCUGUUACCAAGACUACCAUGAUAUAAACCUAACGUAUCAUUAAAUUAUGCCUUAGACACAAGUGUUCAUAUGAUGUGGAACAUUGAGGAUAUGAUUUAAUGAAAUGUCAAAAGGGGAAUUUUUUAGCGAGGAAAAGCGAGUCUAUUUCCACAUCAGAGCUCUACUGCUCCACCACAGUCUGGUGAAAUAGAUCGAAAUGUAAUACCUUUACAUUUUAAAUUGCAUCUAACUUUGCUAUCACAUUAUCUUUCUUUUAAACAACUGUUCCCAGUGCAUGUUGCAGCAUUCAAAUUUGGAUAUGGAGGUGGAUUUUUCUUUUCCUUUUAGUUUUAACUCAAGACAUAGUAACAACAUAUUGCUUCACAAUAUAUUUAUGUUUAAAGAAAAUAAGCUUAUACCAUAACACAAUAACUUGUGUGUCACUUGUUUAACGUCUUUCAUAUUCUCUGUGUUAUAGUGUGUUAAAUAAGGUCUGCUUUGUGAUACUUUAAGUGAAAGAGAUUAUCAAAUAUACAGUAUUUUAUUGCGUGGCACUGAUUAGCUACAAAUAUACUAAAGUAUACUUUGACUAUAAUUGUUUUGAGAGGACUUGCAGUCUGUUGGAUAGUCAGUUAACUUCUGUGCCUUGUGUUAUGCAUUUGAUAUUUAACAAUUCUUCUAAAACCUCAGAUACAUGUGCCAAAAUAUUGUCUUUGUACAUUUUGUCCAGAAAGGGAAUGAUGUCCCA